AUGGAGACAGCCGGCAGCAGCUUCCAGCAACAAAGCGCUCAUAAAUGUAAGUUAUUUAACUUUAUAUUGUGGCACGUAACCGAGCAGAUAAUAGUUGUAUUGACGUUUGAGUUUAUGCGCUGCUUGACGACCAGUCAGCCUGCCAAUUGCUUAGCACGUUAGCUUAUGCCGUAGCCACAACUAAACUGUAAUGUGGACCCAUGAUUUCGUAUUAUAAAUACUGCUGUGUUUUCCUUCAGGGACAGAUGAGAACACCAAGCGGCUGAUCCGGUGGCGGGGGCGGAACGAGGCCGUGUUCACGGGCAGAAGGAACGCCGCCCUAAAGGGUUUUGAGUGAGAAAUUUGUGUUCAUGCAACGUUGCACCGUGGAUUUAUUUUGUUGCUAUGGGUUGAUUACAAGAUGGAGAAAAAGCUACUGCCUAAUGCAGACAUAAUAUGAAUAUGGAGAACUUGAGGACACAUUAUGGUAACUCUGUACGUAAAUGGUAAAUAUGAACAUUGUUCUGACAGUGGCUUGUAGGCACUUGCCACGUUCAUAUGCUCUUUUGAUUGCCCCUUGUUUGUCAUCCUUGUUUAGGGCUUUCGUCAAGGAGAAUGAGCUGGAGGGCCAGGUGGACCCAAGUUUUCCCCCCAAAAAAUGGGAAAACUUGAAAUAUAAGGUAGGUGGAGGUAUGACAAACACUUCAGUAUUUAGGUUUCACACCAAUACAGUGAAUGCAAAUGUUUUUAAGUUUUACUAUAUAAUCUGGCUAUGUCAGAGUUCAAACAGUCAGUGUGAAAGGGACCCAUGUUAUCAGAUUAUCUUUGUGUGUGUGUCAUUGCCAGGUUCUCAAGGCACCACCAACGGGGGUCAGCACAGAGGGAGGAGAGGCCACUGCUUGCCACGUUCAUAUGACACCAGCAGCAGUGGCCUCUCCUCCAAAUCCAACUUCUGAGUCUCCUCCUGUGAGAGGGAGGAGAACAAGUGAUUCAAGGAGCAGAGAGUGGUUCGAGGAAUGA